AUGAGUAAUCAUCAAAAUAAACAAAUUCGUACAAACAUGAUUUGUGAUAAUCAACAAAAUCCUUAUACAACAGCUCAGUCUCGAAUUUAUUUCAACUCUCAUAUUCCACCUCCAAUAUCAACCAAUCUUCGUCCUUGCGAUUCACCUGCAUCGUCUCCUCUUCGUCAUUCACGUUCUGAACAAGAUGAUGAAGAUGACUUUACAUUAGUUACUAAUAAGAAACGUCGAAAUAAUGAUAAAAAUGCUAUUAGUGAAUAUGAUCAAGACAAAGAACUGUUGAAUAAUUAUUAUCCUAAUGUUUAUAAACAACAUCAACAUCGUUCUUCCAGAUUUGUUACUGCUCCCUCAACUUCAAAUCCAUAUUCAAAUCAGCAAAAUCAAGCUUUUGAUCAACAACAAAUAACAAUGGAAGCCGCUCGCUAUGCUCAAACGCGGCUUCCAUUUCCCCCUUUCAUUAUUCGUUUCUCGUCUGGUAAUAUUUUAGAAAAACGAGUUGCUCAAGAAAUAAAAAAUUAUUUGAAAGAUAACUUUCAAAUAGACAUUUGUAUUGCUAAUACUCGACGUUCUACGUUAAAAUGUCAACAAAAUGAUUAUGACUUUUUAAUUUAUGUAAAGGAUGCUGAUUCAUUUUGUUCAUUAUUUGAUAAACAUAAAUGGCCUCAGCAAAUUUGUGGAGAAAAUUUUUCGUUUCCUUCAACACCUUCUUUUCCUCCACAACUUUCACUUAUUGUCAAGAAUGUGGAUCUUCGUAUCAAUCUUGAUGAAUUCUGUGCUGAUUUAAAAGCUGUUCAUACUGAUAUUCAUAAUGUAAUCAGAUUAAAAAACAAGUUUCAAAAUUGUAUUAAAUUAGUCAAAAUCGAAAUCUUAUCUCCUACAAGUCGAAAUGAGAUUCUAUCUGAUGCAGCAACUAAAUUCAACAGCAACAAUUAUCGUUAUCAUCCAGCGAAUUUUCCACCACUUCCUAAUCCGCAACGUUGGACAAGAAAUACUAAUGCUACAAAUUCAGUAGUAACUAAAAUUGAUGAAUUAAUUAGCAGCAUGGCGAAGGUAAAUAUCUCAUUAGAAAGAAUCAUCAGUAAAAAUGAUCAAUAUGAACAAUUUAUGAAUGAUAAAAUAAAAUUUGAUGAAAUGACCUCAAAGAAAUUAGAUGAAUUGAUAACAACUGGUAAUAAUUUUAAGACUGUUAUCACUCAACAUCAAUGUAAAAUAACUCGUCAUGAAAAUAUAUUUACAAAAUUAAUAUUUCCUAUAUUGGAUGAAAUUUCAACAUUCCUGUUAACUAUUAACAUUGACAAACAUGAUGGAAUAUUAGAUGCUGAUUUUAAAGUUAAAAUAAAUCGUAUGCGUGCACAAUUGGACAACGCAAGACUAAACAAAGAAAUCUAA